AUGACCCGCGCCACCACCUUCACCGAGCUCUACUCCGGCAAAGGCAUCCUGGAGACGUACCUGAUCGCCGAGAAGAUCACGCGGUACUUCACGCAGGACCUGAUCACCCUGUCGGGGAUCCUGGACUCCGCACAGCGCCCGCUGAAGGUGCUCGACCUGGCCUGCGGGACGGGGGUCGUGGCCGAGAAGCUGCACGAGGUGCUGGCGGAGCAGCGCGCGGGCAGCUGGAAGUUGCUAUGCGGCGACAUCUCGACGGAGCUGACGGGCCACGUCAAGCGCAAGAUCGUGGAGGAAGGGUGGUCGGCCAACACGAGCGCGCGGGUGAUGGACGCGCAGAGCACGGAGUUGCCGGCCGCAGAGUUGACGCAUGUGUUUGCGGCGCUGGCCUGGACCUCAUUCCCGGAUACCUACGCCGCGUUGAACGAUACCCUCCGCAUCCUCCAACCAGGCGGCACAUUAACCCUCUCCACCUGGCAGAAAACGGAAUGGCUCCCCGUCCUCGAAGCCGCCGUGCGCACCAUCUCGGCCAGCCCCGAGCUCCCCUUCCCCACGACCAAGGAAUUCAUGUCCUGCAUGAACCCGGGCUGGGACGACGAGGCGUACGUGCGCGGCCGCCUCGAGCAGGCCGGCUUCGUGCGCGUCCACACCACCACCAUCUCCCAGGCGUUCCACGCCUCCACGGCCGAUCUGUACAAGAUCGCCGCGCCCGUCAUCCCCAUCAUCGUCAGUAAGUGGUGGUCCGCGGCGCAGCGCGAGGCCCACGAGGCGGAGAUCCUGCCGGCGCUGGGGAGGUAUCUCGAGGAGACGUACGGGGCGGCGGGGUUGGUGCCGCAGCGGUGGACGGCGGUUUUUGCGCGGGGGGAGAAGAGCGAGUGA